AGAACACAAAAACAGAGGGGCAGAGACACAAGAAACCUCAAAUGGAUAACACAAAUAAAAAUCAGUUUCGCUAUGUCUUCUGUCUGAAAGAAAAAACCAAAGGUGGAAGAAGAUGCACUUGUUUCUUCAUCCUUGCAAGUCCCUCUGUUGUUCAAUUCCAUUUAAGGAUAUCACUCUUUUCACAUUCAAUAAGAAGAAGCAGCCACAUACCAACAACCCCACAAAGCAACCAUUCUCAACGCCACAAAAGUUUGGUUCUUUUACCAAUACUAUAGUGCUUUCAAAUUCUCAUGUCUCCGUUGUUUCUAACAAAGCUUCAAUUUUGGGCCCUGCCCACUUCACCUUUUGCUCCAAAAAUGAAGGCUUUAAUGGCUUCUCCAGUGAUUUGUCUCCAGAGGCUGUUGAUGAUGAUGGAACCCAAGAGCUUGAAAAGCUUGAGUUGCUGAACAAGCCUUCUCCUUUGCCUGUCACAGAAGAGUCUUCUACUUCUGAUUCUGAAAUGGAGAAGGAGCAGGAGCAAGAGGUGCCUUCCAAGGAGGAUGCAUUGGCACCGUUUUUGAAGUUUUUCAAAGGAAGUGAUGGGGAUGAUGAAGAUGAUGCUUUCGAGGGAUUGGAAAUUUCUGAGGAAAAAGAUGAUUUUGGUGGUGAGAAAGAGGAAGGAGAAGAAGAUAAGAAGUUGAAUGUUGAGUACUAUGACCCAAAACCUGGGGAUUUUGUGGUUGGUGUUGUUGUUUCAGGGAAUGAGAACAAGCUUGAUGUGAAUAUUGGUGCAGAUUUGCUUGGUACAAUGUUGACAAAGGAAGUGCUUCCAUUGUAUAACAAAGAAAUGGAUAACUUGUUAUGUGAUAUGGAAAAGGAUGCUGAGGGUUUUAUGGUAAAUGGGAAGAUUGGAAUUGUGAAGAAUGAUGAUGCAAUGAGUGCAGUUGUUCCAGUUCCUGGAAGGCCUGUUGUGGAGACUGGAACCAUUUUGUUUGCUGAGGUUUUAGGUAGAACACUUAGUGAUAGGCCAUUGCUUUCGACCCGAAGGCUCUUUCGCCGCAUAGCUUGGCAUCGAGUUAGGCAGAUAAAACAGCUCAAUGAACCUAUAGAGGUUAGAAUCACAGAAUGGAAUACUGGCGGCCUGCUAACAAGGAUCGAGGGUUUGCGAGCUUUCAUUCCGAAGGCUGAGCUUAUGAAAAGAGUAAAUAACUUUACCGAAUUGAAAGAAAAUGUGGGACGCCAUUUUUUUGUACAAAUCACUCGAAUAGACGAAUCUAAGAACAAUUUGUUACUUAGUGAGAAGGCAGCUUGGGAAAAGCUAUAUCUUCAAGAGGGAACACUUCUUGAUGGGACUGUGAAAAAGAUCUAUCCCUUUGGAGCACAAGUUAGAAUAGGAGAAAGUAACAGAAGUGGGUUGCUGCAUAUUUCAAAUAUCAGUCAAGCUGAAGUUACUUCUGUGAGUGACGUACUUUCUGUCGACGAGAACGUUAGAGUUCUAGUGGUGAAGUCGAUGUUUCCUGGAAAAAUUUCUGUGAGCAUUGCAGAACUUGAAAGUGAACCUGGCCUUUUUCUAUCAGACAAAGAGAGAGUAUAUAAGGAGGCUGAUAUGAUGGCGAAGAAAUACAAGCAAAAGCUACCAUCUGUUCCUAUCAGUCAACAAUUAGAGCCCCUUGCAGCCGUUCCCUUGCCUUUUGAGAACGAAUCGCUUUAUGCGAACUGGAAAUGGUUCAAGUUUGAAAAAUAAUGGUUUCACACAAGACAGGCAUGGAAUGAUUCACUAAGAGAAGCUCAACUGAGAGAACUUGACAGUGCAUGGAUCACUCAGUUACAAGAGGGGCAUGCCAUUUUGGAUGGAAACCAUCAAGAGCCUCCAGUGGAAAUUGGAUGAGGUCAUUGUUUGUGACUUCUGAUGAAUUCUUUGCAUGAAGAGAACAAGCCACAAAGAAUGUGGUGCAAUGGAUCAAAGCGUAACUCGGUUCCAUUCUUUUUUUACCCUUCAACUUUCUCUUCUCUUAAUACCAAAAAAACAUACAUCUGUUCUUUUUACAUCAAAUUUUCUUAAUUUUUUGCCCUGGUUUGUAGCCUAGCCAUUUUGUACUCAUGUAGGUAAACAUACAUCAUAAAAUCAUGUGUCAAGCACAAUUGUUGAGAGUUUGAAAUCAUUUUAAUAAAAAAGAUUUUAAAAUCAUCAUAUUA